ACACUGAAAGCCGUUCAGUUGAGUUUUGGUUACUGCCGCCAACGGUUUGCGAGCCGAAAGUGAGCGCGUGUCGAGCUUUUUGUGUGGCGUUGUUGGUUGUUGGCCAACUUCGUGGGCGAUUGGCAGCAAACAUAAACAAACGAAGUGCGAUUUUUCUCGGAACCUGACUAAUUGAUAUCACGGACAUGGGCCGGCUAGACUUUGGCCAAACUUGGCCUGGCCAACAGGAAGCGGAAGCAUUUUGGCCGCAAAAUACAUUGUAAACUUCAUGGGAAAUGUAACGAAUUGUGUGCGAAUAGAAUACUACAAGGAAGUCGAGCAAAAAUCGAGCAACACGAAUAUAUAUAUAUAUAGCUAUAUUCCUGUGGGAGACGCUCCCACUCGCGUGAGGGUGUGUGUGUGUGCGCCCCCGUGUCGGUGUCGGUGUGUGUGUGUGUCUGGUCGGGCUGGGCAAAUAAAUGCUCUUGCUACGCUUUUUUAGCCAGUUUAUCUUAAGGCGAAAUACUGUAAAAAAUUGUAAAAUGGAUUUACGUUUCGUAUUCAUCGUUUUCCUGCUCAAGUGGACCCAUGCACAAGGUUCGCAUCCGCCGCGGAUAGUGGAGCAUCCCAUAGAUACGACAGUGCCGCGACACGAGCCAGCCACGCUUAAUUGCAAAGCCGAGGGCAGUCCCACGCCCACAAUCCAGUGGUAUAAGGAUGGAGUCCCCCUCAAGAUCCUGCCGGGCUCCCACCGCAUAACCCUGCCAGCUGGCGGAUUGUUUUUCCUCAAGGUUGUCAAUUCACGUCGUGAAACAGAUGCCGGCAUCUAUUGGUGUGAGGCGAAGAACGAACUGGGCGUGGCAAGGAGUCGAAAUGCCACGUUGCAAGUGGCGGUUCUCCGCGAUGAGUUCCGCCUGGAGCCGCAGAACACACGGAUCGCCCAGGGCGAUACCGCCCUCCUCGAGUGCGCCGCUCCGCGGGGAAUCCCCGAGCCAACGGUCACCUGGAAGAAGGGCGGACAGAAAUUGGAUUUGGAGGGCUCGAAGCGCAUACGCAUCGUUGACGGCGGCAAUUUGGCCAUCCAGGAUGCCCGCCAGACUGACGAGGGUCAAUACCAGUGCAUAGCCAAGAAUCCUGUCGGUGUGCGCGAGUCCUCGCUCGCCACGCUCAAAGUGCACGUCAAGCCGUACAUCAUUCGAGGACCGCAUGAUCAAACGGUUUUGGAGGGAGCCUCGGUGACUUUUCCCUGUCGAGUGGGUGGUGACCCCAUGCCGGAUGUCCUGUGGUUGAGAACGGCCUCGGGUGGAAAUAUGCCAUUGGAUCGCGUGAGUGUUUUAGAAGAUCGAAGCUUAAGACUGGAGAGGGUCACCAUUGAAGACGAAGGUGAAUACAGUUGCGAGGCGGACAAUGUUGUGGGAGCCAUCACUGCAAUGGGAACCCUCACUGUGUACGGUAACCCCCCGAAAUUCAUCCAACGUCCUGCGAGCAAGUCCGUGGAACUUGGCGCCGAUACCUCGUUCGAAUGCCGAGCCACUGGAAACCCAAAGCCCACCAUCUUCUGGACCAUCAAGAACAACAGUACUCUGAUAUUCCCGGGAGCACCGCCCUUGGAUCGAUUUCAUAGUUUAAACACUGAAGAAGGUCAUUCGAUACUCACGCUGACCAGAUUCCAAAGAACGGAUAAGGAUCUGGUGAUACUGUGCAAUGCCAUGAAUGAGGUGUCCAGUAUUACUUCGAGGGUUCAACUGAGUCUGGAUUCCCAGGAGGACCGUCCACCGCCUAUUAUAAUAUCGGGUCCAGUCAAUCAAACGCUGCCCAUCAAAUCGUUGGCCACUCUCCAGUGCAAAGCUAUCGGUUUACCCAGUCCUACGAUUUCCUGGUACCGAGAUGGAAUCCCCGUGCAACCGAGUUCCAAGUUGAACAUCACAACUUCGGGGGAUCUGAUAAUAUCGGACCUCGAUCGGCAGCAGGAUCAGGGCUUAUACACCUGUGUGGCUAGUUCUCGGGCUGGGAAAUCCACUUGGAGUGGCUUUCUCAGGAUAGAACUGCCCACCAAUCCGAAUAUUAAAUUCUACAGAGCCCCGGAGCAAAGUAAAUGUCCCACAGCUCCCGGACAACCGAAAAUUCUGAACGCCACAGCCUCGGCUUUAACGAUUGUCUGGCCAACAAGUGACAAGGCGGGAGCUUCAGCUUUUCUGGGAUACAGUGUGGAAAUGUACUGCACAAAUCAGAGCAAAACUUGGAUACCCAUUGCAUCGCGAUUGAGUGAACCUAUUUUCACAGUGGAGAGUUUAACUCAAGGAGCUGCUUACAUGUUUAUUGUUCGCGCGGAAAACUCGCUGGGCUUUUCACCACCCUCUCCCAUUUCGGAGCCCAUAACUGCUGGAAAACUUGUGGGUGUUCGAGAUGGAAGUGAGAACUCCGGAACCUCUCAAUUACUUCUCAGCGAUGUGGAAACCCUGCUGCAGGCCAACGAUAUUGUGGAAAUACUGGAGGCCAAUGCCAGUGACUCGACCACCGUUCGACUUUCUUGGGACAUAGACAGCGGUCAGUACAUCGAGGGUUUCUAUCUUUAUGCGAGGGAGCUGCACUCCAGCGAGUACAAGAUGAUCACUCUACUCAACAAGGGCCAGGGACUCAGUUCCUGUACGGUGCCUGGAUUGGCAAAGGCCUCCACAUACGAGUUUUUUCUUGUGCCAUUUUACAAGAGCAUCGUAGGCAAGCCGUCGAACUCGAAGCGCGUGAGAACUUUGGAAGAUGUUCCGGAAGCGCCGCCUUAUGGAAUGGAAGCUAUUCAAUUUAAUCGCACCUCUGUGUUUCUGAAGUGGUUACCACCUCAACCAAAUCGGACUCGAAAUGGCAUCCUCACCAGCUACAAUGUGGUCGUCAAAGGCCUGGACGUGCACAAUACGACGCGGAUAUUCAAAAAUAUGACCAUAGAUGCGGCCACGCCCACCCUCCUGUUGGCCAACCUCACCACGGGAGUCACCUACUACAUCGCGGUGGCCGCAGCCACGCGGAUUGGAGUCGGACCCUUCAGCAAGCCCGCCGUUCUCCGCAUCGAUGCACGCACCCAAUCCCUGGACACUGGUUACACGAGAUAUCCCAUCAGUCGUGAUAUUGCCGAUGACUUUUUAACACAGACCUGGUUUAUCGUCCUGCUGGGCUCCAUCAUUGCCAUAAUUGUGUUUCUAUUGGGCGCAUUGGUUCUAUUCAAGCGCUAUCAAUUUAUCAAGCAGACCUCGCUGGGCAGUUUACAUGGCAAUCACGCAAUCGGAACCGUGCGAAAGUUCCCAACAUUGCCGCUAAAUGGAGGCGGUGCCGUCGGUGCCGUUGGCUCCAAUUCGACAGCCGCAAGUGGGCAGAAUGGCCUCUGGAUCGAUCCCACCGGCGGCGUUUGGCGACAGGGAGCGGGAACUGGCGCUGGCAAUUCCGGCGGAGCGGGGGCGAAUGGCACAUGUUCGACAAAGGAGCAACUUCCGGGAUACGCACAGGCCACCGCCCAGCAAGGACAACAGCCAACUCUGCUGCCUGAUUACGAGAGACUGUCACCACUGAAUAUGCCCGAUUAUGCGGAAGUCGCCUGCUCCACAUUCAAAAGUCCCACCCACGGCGCACCACCGAUGGGUGGUGGUGCGCACUCGGCCUCCCUGUACGAUAGCUGCGGGGCCUAUGCCACCACCAAUGUGGUGGCCAAUGUCAAGCUCUACCAGAAUCGCUAUGCGACGAAACCCGGCCAGAAUAGCAGCAACAACAACAACCACCAGGGCAACGAUUACCAGUCCACCGGGAUGUACUCCGCACCACCGAGUGCCCACUACGGAUGCCUCGAGCCGAAGCAACAGCAACAGCAGCCUAAUCUGAUGACCACUUCGACGGCGAGUACAGCGAUUUUGACAGCCUCGCCUGCGAAGUCCAAGAAGAUCAACAUAACCGAGAACAAAAUGGAUCAGCUGGAAGGAAAGUCGGAGCGAACGAAUCCCUUCAACCAGCAGCAGCAGCUCCUCCUGGCCAGCAAUGCCCUGAAACAGGGACUCGGCGCCUAUGCCAACACCACCUUGGCGGCUCAGAUGGCCAGUGGUGGUGGGGCAGGAACCCUGAGGCGCCAGCGUCAGCCGAAAACGCUUUACAAAAGCGAGAACAACAUAUUGGGAAAGUCCGGUCUGAGGCAGGGUAACAUGAAUGCUAAUGCAAAUGGUUGCAGCAACGGAACCAUGGACUUUCUGACCGGAGGUCCUCCUUCGGAAGGCGGGGACUUCUCCGGCUUGGGCUUGUGCAACUCCACCAACCAAUUGCUCAACGAUUGGGCCUCCAGCGCCUCGAUCGCCGCUCCCGGGGACUAUCAUUUCGGCAGCAAGCAGCCCAGCAAACAGCAUCUGUAUGUGAAGGCCAAGGAUGGAACUUGGUCGGCGGUGAGCUCGGAUGCCUACCAGUCCUUCAAGCACCAGCAGCAGCAUCAUCCCUUCCUGGCAGGAUCAGGUGACAACAACAAGUCCUUAGCUAGUGUAAACAGCUUAGCUGCCGAUAGCAAAUUCCUGAGUAGUUUUGGUUCCAGCGCCAAUGUCUAGGCCAUGGCUUCAGAUUCAACCUAAUGCUUGGGUCAAUAGAGAGUUGCUCAAUAAGUUAGAGGUUCAGUUGUGACAUUUCCCCAAAGGAUUGCAUUAAGGAGAUAAAGAGAAGGAUUAUAUCAGUUGGUUGGUGGAAGUUGGGUUGUGGAAUGUUGUAAGGGUUUUUUAGGGGCUUCUAUUUGAUUUCUAAUUGCUUAGGAUAAACAAAAAUAUUUAUUUAUUAACUCUUCUAAGCGCUUUCCAUAUUUCAUAUCAAUAGUUUUCUUUGAUUUAGUGAUCUAUAUUUCCCCUAGAUCGAUAUCCUUCAAUUCUAGAAAAACCCUUUUAUUAUUAGACCUAUAAUAUCCAACCCAUAGCCCAUCUCAACUUCCACCAGAACUCACUGAUAGUUCCCAAAGGUAGUCUCCAAACCAAAAAAUCAACAACGAAAUGUAUGUAAAGAAAUACAGAAUGAUUGGCUUGUAAAUAUAAUGCCCCCAACUAUAUCCUAUAUAUAAAACCUUAACCCUAAAGCAUUUAAAAUAUUGCAUUUGGAGCAAGAAAAAAGUAAUAUUAAUUUAAAACAGAAACCGACUCAAAAUAGCACGCAAGUAGCUAAAGUAAGUACGCAAGAGAAAUCUCUGAAAGUUUGUAGAAAAGCAUUACGAACUUUUGCAGAAAAUGUUCCCACGGAUAAGAAACCAAUGUUGAAGCCAAACGAGAAUACCCAACCCUAACGAGAAAUAUUACUUAGAGUUAUUUGAACAGAGCACGAUGCAAUUAGUUGUGUGUUGAUAAAAGAAUAGAACUCACCUCCCGCAAAAAGCUAAGUAAAUGCUAAUAAUAAGGCUGUUAAAUGUAAAAUAUCAUAAAUGAUUCAAGAGCGAACGACUAAAUCUACAUUUAAACCAUGUAAUUAAAGCAUUAAAAUGUAAUUAACUGACACAAGACUUAGUUCGAAUAGCUAAAAAAGAGAAAAAAACGAAAGUGAACGGAUUACAGCAAAUAUGGGGAUUUAGCUGAAAAAAGAACAAAUAAUAUUAAACUAAUCAAUUAAUUGAUAAAUUAUGCAAUGAGAAAACCUAAAAAUAAAAAUAAAAGAAAUACAAAAGUAAUCCGAAAAU